GGGGAUGACGUCAGGGCCCUGCGGGGCCACGCCUCCGGAGCGCCAUGCUGGGCGCUGGAGGCGCGGGGCUCGUGCGGGGCCUGCGGGCCGGGACGCGGGCGUGGCUGUGGGCCUCGCGCGGCCGCUCCCUAGCCUUGGCGCCCGCGGCCCGCGGCGGGCUCCACGCGGGAGACCGGCGGCCCUCAGCGGGGCGGGGGCCGCGCGGGCGUCCGCUGAGCCUGUCGGCGGCGGCGAUCGUGAGCUCGGCGCCCCGCCCUCUGCAGCCCUACCUGCGCCUCAUGCGGUUGGACAAGCCCAUAGGAACCUGGCUGCUGUAUCUGCCAUGUACUUGGAGCAUUGGUUUGGCAGCUGAACCAGGUUGUUUUCCGGAUUGGUACAUGUUAUCCCUCUUUGGAACUGGAGCUGUUCUGAUGCGUGGAGCAGGCUGUACUAUUAAUGACAUGUGGGACCAGGACUACGAUAAAAAGGUUACAAGGACAGCAAGUCGCCCAAUAGCUGCUGGAGACAUUUCAACUUUUCAAUCCUUUGUUUUUCUCGGGGGACAGCUGACCUUGGCACUGGGUGUUCUUCUGUGUCUGAAUUACUACAGUAUAGCUCUUGGAGCAGCAUCCCUACUCCUUGUCAUCACCUACCCGCUAAUGAAGAGAAUUACAUACUGGCCUCAAUUAGCCUUGGGGUUGACUUUUAAUUGGGGAGCAUUACUUGGAUGGUCUGCUGUCAAGGGCUCCUGUGAUCCAUCGGUUUGCCUUCCUCUUUAUUUUUCUGGAAUUAUGUGGACUCUAAUAUACGAUACUAUUUAUGCUCAUCAGGACAAGAGAGAUGAUGCUCUGAUCGGGCUUAAGUCCACAGCGCUGCUGUUCCGUGAAGAUACCAAGCAGUGGCUCAGUGGCUUCAGUGUGGCGAUGCUGGGGGCGUUGAGCCUGGUGGGAGUGAACAGCGGUCAGACUGCGCCCUACUACACUGCUCUGGCCGCUGUGGGAGCCCAUCUGGCUCACCAGAUUUACACUCUGGACAUCCACAGACCCGAGGAUUGUUGGAAUAAAUUCACCUCCAACCGUACAAUAGGACUAAUACUUUUUUUAGGGAUUGUCCUUGGGAAUUUGUGGAAAGAAAAGGAGACAGAUGAAACAAAGAAAAAUACAGAAAUAGCAUAGAAAAUUAGCAAAUUAAGUUUAUCUAGGUAUUUUUAAAACAAACUUUUACAAAACACUCUCAGGUCUUAUUACCACACAACUAGAUUUGAAUAAUAGUCUCACAGUAUGUUAAUGAAUUACAAACCAGUAGAUGACAUUUUAGAGCAUUUUUGCCUGGAUUUUAGUGAAAGUAUAUACUAGUCAAAUUCUUCCGCUGCCACAGAAACCAGGAACUCUUCAGGAUUUGCGAUCACCUGGAGUAUUUAACUUAAUGCAUUCUUCUCGUUAUAAUUCUCUUCUGCACUUAUAGGAAUUAUAUGAGUUUUGGCACUUUAGAAAAAACCUGAUGUGUGUCUUAUCUAAAUGAAUGUCUCUGUAGGAAAGUAGACUCUCUUUUUAGGGGAAAAUAAAAGCUGCUCCAGAAAGUUGGGGCUUAUUGUUCUUUGCAUUGACCUUUACUUACUGUCAAAAGUUGUAAUUCGAGAAACCAUUCUGUUUUUUAUAUUUUAGGAGAAUUUAAAUCAGUAAAUAAAAAUUUUUACCUGUUAUACCCAUA